AUGCGCCUUGAUGAGGGCAGCGAGCUGCCUGAAACGUUGCGCCUCACCUUCAGGGACGAGCAUCCCUUGAUGCAGGGCAGCGCCAACGUGGCCGCGCUGCUGCAGUCCUUGAGCCUGAAAGGCUCCUUGUCCCUGCGGCAAACCCUUCCCAUGCGGCGGAAACGGGAUCUGCUCCAGCUGCCUGUAGCAGAUCUUCAUUUCAAUUGCGCCCUGUGCCUGGAGGAGGACACCUCCUUCAUGGAUGAUGGGAAUGCCACCGUCCGAUUUCAGGAUGUGCAGUGCAGCGCCCAGGGGCGGCUCUGGUCGGAGGGGGAGGAGAGUUUGCUGGCAAAAGCUUCCGUCAGUACAUCUGGCGUCCUUGCUGCGGCGGUGCGAGCUGCCUCGCUGGUGCAGGCACUCAUCGAGGCUGAGACUGCGGCAGCGCGCUUGAGCGGGGCCCGGAGUGCCGACGUAUUCGCUGCCCGCUCCGCGCGGGAAACUGGCGACGAGGACGUACAGUACACCUCUGUGCGUGUCGGUGAUGUGCUGCAAGUCGAGGUUGGAGGUUCUGCCAAUGCUGAAGCACUCGCCCAGCUGCGCCUCUCAUUCAGAAACAAGGAGGAGACGGUCUGCAGUCCAGUGUCGCGGGGCCGCGUAGAGGCUGACAAGCUGACGGUGGCAGACAUGGAUUUGGAUGAUGCCUACGCCGUUGAAGGCGAUGACCGCAUGCCCUUGCUGAGACUCUCAAUCGCUGGCUCUGAAGCAAGCAUCCAGAUGGGUGAAUGCCGGGCGCAGGUGGGGGACCUUGCCCUAACAGUGCCAUCCGCCAAGAUGAAGCUGGACUGUGUAGAGGCCGAGAUCAAUGCCGAGGGCAUCGGCCAGACUCAUCUGCGAGCGACCUGGUCUGGGCUUGGACAACCUUUGCUCCAGCACACAGCCAAGCAGCGGAAGAUCUUGUUCCCGCAGCCGCCAGAAUCUUCUGGACUUACUGUGCGGAUUGGUGACAUGGGCCAAGUUGGCAUCAUACUCGAUGAUGAGCCAGAUGCUGUGGCGUGUGGGAACAAGCUGUUGGACGACGAGGAAUGGUUCUCUCCAUUGCUGGCACUCGCGGCAAUGUUGAAUUUGGAGCCGGCAACCAAGAAGCUUUUGAACUUUGCACGGGUGGUUCGGCACGUGCUGCGCAGCGAAGGGAUCUGCGAGCCCAAGGACGUGAUUCCCACAGGGCGCAUGGCCCGAGUCAUCGCACGGAUCCUGCAGGAGAUUGGCACGGAUGGUCAGUACGUGGCAGACACGGCUCCCACAAGCCUGGAGCAGGACGUUUACUCCGUUGUGGAGACGGCCGUCAAGGGAAAAGGUCUGGAUGCGAACAAGAUCACGAGGCUUUUGUGGGCCCUGCACUCGCUUGACCACCUGCCCUCGGAAGCUUGUAGCUUCGUGCAGGCCGCGCUGGAUCGGAUCGAUUUCGCCAUCAAGUGGUUCGACUCGGUGCUGAAGCCCACCGAGCCCACCUCCGGGCCCGGCGCCUCUGACGACGCCUCUGUCCCACUCGAAGAGGCCAACGCGGAGGCCCCGAGGUUGCCAGCAGUCCCACAGGUCUUCAAUGCUGGCGCUGAUGGCAUGCCACAGCUGCCCAAUGUUGAGCGCUUGCUGGCGGACUUCCAGGAUGUGAAGCAGAACCUGAACUCGCAGGCGAGCAGCUUUGCUGAGCACUUGUCGAAGGUGGAACGCGCAAGCCUCCAGCGGAUUGAGAAGCAGAAGGCGGUCUACGACGCCAAGCUGCGUGAGCAGGAGAAGGGGAACCAGGCCCUGGUGCGGAGCAACGCGCACCUGGCCAAGGAAAUCAUCACGGCGCGCCAGCGCAGUGCAGAGCUCUCGAAGCAGGUGGGCGCCGCGGAGAAGCUCGUCUCCUUCCGCCGCAGCGAGCUGCAAGCGCUGGACCAGCAGCUCUCAAGGGCGGAUAAAUUUGUGAAGCAGACCCUCUCCGCCACAGACCCGGAGGCAGAGGACAUGUCCAAGGCGGCCAAGGAGGCACGUCCGAGCAGCAUGUCAAACACAAGGUCAAGAAGUCUCUCAGGAGUCGGCAUCGAAAUGCAGAUAGCCCGCUGGCAGUGGACCCGUCAGUGA